CUCUUGUCGAAAAACUUUUUUCUAUAAACUCUUUACAUCUUCCUUUUUUUUGAAACAAGAAAAGAAAGAAAGUAUCAUAUAAAAAGGAAGUCUAAACACAUUUCUAAAGGACAAAAAAAAGCUUUAUUUUUCACUCUAAACUUGUACAUGAAUUGUGCAUUAUCAAACUGGAAUCCCAAAUACGAAGAAAGUAUAGAGAAAUACCAAUUACAACAUUUUAAAGAUUACAAUUAAAUUACACAUUUAUAAACCAACUUUCCAAUAAUUCAAAAUGGCUACAAUUAACGUAAGACGUGAUGUUCAAGAUUCUUUUUAUCGUUACAAGAUGCCUCGUAUUCAAGCCAAGGUCGAAGGUAAAGGUAAUGGUAUUAAAACUGUUGUUGUCAAUAUGGCUGAUAUUGCUCGUGCCUUGUCUCGUCCUCCUUCAUACCCUACCAAGUACUUUGGCUGUGAAUUGGGUGCUCAAGUCAAGUGUGAUGAUAAGAAUGAACGCUACAUUGUGAAUGGUGAUCAUGACGCAAGCAAGCUUCAGGAUACACUUGAUGGUUUCAUCAACAAAUUUGUCUUGUGUCAAUCUUGUAAAAACCCUGAAACUGAUAUUCUUAUCAAGAAUGACGAAAUCUUAAUGGACUGUAAGGCAUGUGGUGCUAGAAACACUGCCGACAUGCGUCACAAAUUAUCCACUUAUAUCAUCAAGAAUCCUCCUGCUGUUGCUUCCAAGAAUGUUCGCAGACAACGUAAGGCCGCUACUGCUCAGACCAACAACACAGGUGAGGAUGCCGCUGAAGCCAUUGACGGUAGUGAUGAAGCUGCUGAUGCCGGUAAUGGCUCCGAUGAUGAUAUCAUUUCUCAACGUAUCCAAAAGCAAGCCGCUGGAUUGAACAUGGAAAGUAAAUUGGCGCUUGAGGAUUGGUCUGAAGAUACAAGUGAAGCAGCUGUUGCUCAGCGUAUGAAGGAGCUUAGCAUCAAGAGAGGUGGUGCAUUUGGUGGAGGUGAUGACGACGAUGAAGAAGUUGACAACAAAUAUGAUGCUUUUGGUGACUGGUUAGAAGGCCAAAAGAAUCUUUCUGAUGAAGCUAUCAUUGAAAAGGCUGAAGAAUUGGGUGUUUAUGGAAAAUACAAGGCUUGUCUCGUCUUGGUUCAAUGUAUCUUUGAUGAAACUGUUGUCUCUCAAAUCCCCAAGCGUGCUAAACUUCUCCGCAAGUUUGUGACCGACGAAAAGCAUCAAAAGGCAACUCUUGGUGGUAUUGAGCGUCUUAUUGGCUUGAAGCACAAGGAUGCGCUCUUGAAGAAGACACCUACCAUCUUGAUGAAAUUGUAUGAUUUGGAUAUCAUUGAAGAUGAAGUUUUCUUGAAAUGGGGAGAAAAGCCCUCUAAGCGCUAUGUUGACCGUGACAUCUCCAAGGAGGUCAAGAAGGCCGCCAAGCCCUUCUUAGAAUGGCUCGAAACCGCUGAAGAGGAAGACUCUGAUGAAGAAUCAGAAUAAAUACAGUAAUAAAUAGAUAAAGUUAUCUCCUAUUUUUGAUGCCCGUUUCUAUCAAUAUUUAAGAUUAUUUAUCAUAAGUUCUAAUGUGAUGAUAAACAAGUAACUGACAGUGAGGGAAAAAAAAAGGAGGGGAGAAGAAGAAUGAAAAGGGAGAAUAAAGAUUAC